GGGUUUGCUGCAGAGGUUGUUGCCCUUCACCCAGUACCAGGAGUCGGAGGAGCUUCGCUGGGGAGUCGUGGGAACCCUCCGGAACUGCUGCUUCCAGCACGAGCACCAUGAGUGGCUGCUGAGCGACGAGGUGGACAUCCUGCCCUUCCUCCUGCUCCCGCUGGCAGGUCCUGAGGAGCUUCCUGAGGAAGAGAUGGAGCAGCUGCCCCUGGACCUGCAGUACCUGCCCCAGGACAAGCAGAGGGAGGAGCGGGCGGACAUCAGGAAGAUGCUGCUGGAGACUAUCAUGUUGCUAACGGCCACCAAGCCUGGACGGAGCGUGGUGAGGUCCAAGGGCACCUACGUGGUCCUGCGUGAGCUGCACCGCUGGGAGCAGGACCCGGAGGUCCUCAGCACCUGCCAGAAGCUCAUCCAGGUGCUGAUUGGGGAUGAGCCUGGGCCAGGGAUGGAGAACCUGCUGGAGGUGACAGUCCCUGAGGAGGUGGAGCAGCAGCUGCAGCACAUGGACAGGGAGGAGGAGGAGGAGUGGAGGAGGAGGAGGAAGGAAGAGCAGCAGGAGGAGACACCAGAGGCAGCGAUGUGUCCUGAGGGGACGUCACAGUGA